UCUCAUCGCAUUGAAAAAUAUUUCCUUCGGUGCAGGCAAGAACCUUAAUGACAGAGGGAAGGGCGUGCUCUGCACAGGCAGGAUUUUUUUUAUCGCCUGGGAAAUUGAGGGUCAUAUAAAGCAAGGCAGGGUGCCGCUAAACCUCUGCUUUUCCUUUACUCAAGUUAUUACCAACUAUCCACAAUGUCCUCCCGUUUGAUCUCUCAAGCCUUCCGCGCUGCCUCUAAGGCCUCUUUUGCUAGAGUGGCCACCAGAUCCGCUGUUGCUGUGCCAAAGUUCACCGCUGUCAGAGCCUUCUCCAUCUCUGCCCGCCCGCAGAACUCCGCUUUCCAAUCUGUCUCCGACAACUUGAAGGCUGAGAUUGAGUUGGAAGUUGCUGAGUUGGAGUCCUCCUUGCCUGAAAAUUUGCAGCAGUACAUCUCUGACUUUAACGUCAAGAUCGUCGAAUCUAAGGGCGACGCCACCGAACAUGAGUUGAUUAGAGAAACUGCCAACGAAGUCAUCCAUGUUUUCUUCAACGUUGACCACUUCACCAACUCUCCAUUCCCAGACCAGGACCCGGCCGAAGAAGGUGCUGAACUUGAACAAGAAGGUCCGGAAUUGGCAUCUGUCAACGUUGUUAUCGUCAAGAAGGCUGACAACACCGCUUUCCACGCUGAGAUGUUGUACGACUCUGAAGGUGAAUCCUUCAUUGUCGACUCUGCCGCCCAGUUUGAAAACUCCGCCGACGCUUUGUCCAACUCCUUAGAAGCCGACUACAAGAGAAAGCUCUCUUACAGAGGCCCAGAGUUUGCCACCUUGGACGAAAACUUGCAGGAAGCCAUCGAAAACUACUUGGUUGACAGAAGAAUCGACCAGGAAUUGGGUCUUUUCCUUACCGAGUACUCUUUGUACAAGGAAAACGUCAUGUACGUUAACUGGUUGAAGAACUUGAAGAAAUUCUUCUAAGCUUGUCAAAGUCACCCAAGGGUGCGCAUACAGGAAAUGGUUAACCCGCAAACUGUACAUACUCCAACCUUCCGAGGCCUUUCCUAUUGUACCAUAUCGCUGGCAUCUGCACUCUUGGCUGCGUAUAAGUAAAGAAUAUAUCUUUUGAAUAAUAAUUAUGUAGAGUGCAUAUCUGCGUUCACGGGCAAAUCUCGCCACUAUGUGGCAUACAAAAGUAUGCCACUAUACAGCCGAAGAUAAAC